AGUUGAUCAAUAAUCUGAUUGUAAUUUUUAAUGUUUAGAGCACAGAAGAGGUUAAAUCGACGGUUGUUGAGCUUCGUUAACGGAAGAACUGUGGGAACAGAAAUUGGUUCAAAUUUGUGAAAGAGGACCAGAAAUGUUACUUAUUGCUGAUAUGUAGAUUAUCUGUUUUAGGGGAAAAUUUUGUGUUAAAGCAAUGUUUUUCUUAUAGUGACGUUUUGUGAGAUUUAUUAUUGUUGUUGAGGUGUUUAUGGUUCAUCCUUUAGGAUUUGGUGAAUCUAAGUUUUUUCUUUUUUCUGAUAAAUCUGAUCAAAAUUGAUAGAAUAGAAAUGCUUGAUGCCUUGUUAAUAAUUAGACAAAAUAACUUAUAACACACAUGGUUUGGAAAGUUUGUAAAAAAUUGUACGAGACUCUCUGGUUUUCUUUUCAAAUAUUGUACAGAAUUCUAUUUUUAAGGAUUUUGUGUAAUGUUAUCAAACUACAGAUAGAUUAUAAGUAAUUUUCUCUAAUUAUUAUAAUUAAGUGAUGGGUAGGAAAUAGGAAUGAAGCCAUUUUCCGAAAAAGGGUGUAGUUAAGUAACUAUACGGUGGCUAUGCUAUCCCGGCCGGGCCAUAGUUUGCUCUGUUCUUUUAUUUUCUUGCAAAUGGUUUUGAUUCCUUAUCUUGUGUUCUUAGAAUAUUCGGAAGAAAAAAGAAUGUCGCAGUGUUUUUGUGCGAAACAAUAUGGUUCAAUCGCAUAUGUUUUUGUAUAUGAGUAUGCAUUCUUGCUUAAGGGCUUAUGUUAUCUCAUAGUUCACCUUCUUGCUUUAUGUUCUUCUUGAAAAAGAUUCUUGCUUAAGGGCUUAUGUUAUCUCAUAGUUCACCUUCUUGCUUUAUGUUCUUCUUGAAAAAGAUUAUAUGAGAUUGAUUCUUAUGCUAUAUACGGUUAAGUUGAAAAACCCUCAUCACCUAUUUUUGCAUUAUUGACAAAUCAUCUUUCUGUUGUUGUUGUUGUCAGAACCCAUAACAGUCUCAUCAAGUUGUAUUUAUUUGUCUUUCCUAGGAUGGUGGUUUCUCAAGACAAAAUGGACACUUUGAGUUUGUCCUUUUGUGGUCAGAAGUGUAUAGAUACACACCAUUCCUUUUUUGUACCAAGGAAAUUAAUUCCGUGUUAGCAUAAUGGUUGUUGUGGUUGCCUUACUCAGCUCGAGUGGGGAAGUGAAGGAGUGUGGUGGUUUUGAGAGCGUGUGUAGUGAGAGAAAAAUUGGCCAUUGAAUAAGUGUUCGAAAGUAUAUUGGUGCCGCACUUAUUCUUCCCAGCAUAUACUAUUAUAAAUUAAAAAGAAAAUGAAAAGGCUUGCUUUUCGACUCCAGUCACCCCCGAUGCUGGAAAGGGAAAAAGUAAAUUCUCGAAGCGCAUUUCUCAUGGCUUCCAUCUUGUGAAGGGAAAAGCAGCUCAUGCCAUGGAAGACUGUUUGGUUUCUGAAUUCAAGAUAGUUGACUCGUACGAGUUGGGUCUAUUCGCCAUUUUCGAUGGGCAUAUGGGACAUGAUGUCGCGAAUUACUUGAAAGAACACUUGUUCGACAAUAUUCUAAAGCAGGACGGAUUUUGGACCGAUACGGGGAGUGCGCUAAAGAAGGCGUAUCAGGCGACAGAUAAGGAAAUUUUAGAGCAAUCGUUUCAGUUGGGAAAAGGCGGGUCGACAGCAGUUACUGCAAUAUUGAUCGACGGACACAAGCUUGUUGUCGCAAAUGUUGGUGAUUCUCGAGCAAUCAUCAGUAGGAAAGGCGUCGCUAAGCAACUUUCGAUUGAUCAUGAACCGAGCAAAGAGAAGAAGCUAAUCGAGAGCAAGGGUGGCUUUGUAUCGAACAUUCCCGGUGAUGUCCCUCGAGUCGAUGGCCAGCUUGCAGUGGCCCGCGCAUUUGGCGACAAGAGCUUGAAGAGACAUCUUAGUUCAGAACCUGACGUAGCAGUCGAGAUCAUGGAUGACGAUGUUGAGUUGCUCAUUUUGGCGAGCGACGGAUUGUGGAAGGUGAUGUCGAACCAAGAGGCUGUCGACUCGAUCAAGAACAUCAAAGAUCCAGAAUCAGCUGCAAAGCAUCUGAUUGAGAUGGCGGUGUCGAGGAAGAGCAAAGACGAUAUCUCUUGCAUCGUCGUCAGGAUUCAUUGAUCGAUCUUGUGUAAUUGUCGACAUAUUUCUUUCUGUGUUGUGUUUGUUUAGGGUAACAUUUAUAUAUAUAUAUAUAUAUAUAUGUAUGGCCUAGUGUAAAUUUCUGCAAACCUUCAAAAUGUGGAAUCAAUCGCCAUGAAUAUGUUUUAGUUACAUUAAAGUAUGUGCAUGUGUAGCCAAUGCAGCAAUUUUUCAAGCAUAUGUUGGCUGUCUU